GCCUGCCGAAGUAAUGAUAUUCACUUAUACAUUUUGAAGAUUCUCAAUAAAGAAAAAAAGAGUAAUUCGCCGGAACCGGACAAUGGACGCUCCAACGAUGGAGGAUUACUUGCAGUUAUUUGUGGAGGAAACGUCGCGCUACAACGACAUUGUCCUGGGAUCGCUGUUGCCGGCGAAUUGGUUGGCCCCACUCCCUCACUUCUUCAGAGGAUGGCUCCGAAACUACAUUGGAGGCACCUUCAUCUAUCUAAUUUCUGGGACCUUAUGGUGCUUUUAUAUAUACUACUUGAAGCGCAAUGUCUAUCUUCCCAAAGACGCGAUUCCUUCGAAAAACGCGAUGCUUUUACAGAUAGGAGUUGCGAUGAGAGCUCUACCGUGGUACUGUGCUUUUCCUGCAAUGACGGAGUACAUGAUCGAACAUGGUUGGACUAAAUGCUUUUCGAGGAUAAGUGACGUCGGUUGGAUUGCCUACCUUUGUUAUCUGGCGAUGUAUCUCGUAUUUGUCGAGUUUGGAAUAUACUGGGUGCACAGAGAGUUGCAUGAUAUAAAACCUCUCUAUAAGUAUCUACAUGCCACACAUCACAUCUUUAACAAGCAAAACACACUUUCCCCGUUUGCCGGUUUGGCUUUCCAUCCCCUCGAAGGCAUACUGCAGGCAAUGCCCCACGUCUUAGCUCUCUUCGUAAUACCAACGCAUUUCACUACGCACAUGGCAUUGUUAUUUAUAGACGCGAUAUGGACAACGAAUAUCCACGACUGCAUACACGGGAAAUUAUGGCCCGUUAUGGGUGCGGGGUACCAUACCAUACACCACACCACGUAUCGCCACAAUUACGGCCACUUUACAAUAUGGAUGGACUGGAUGUUUGGAACUCUUCGUGAUCCUGUCGAAGAUGAAGCCAAGAAGAUUUAAUGUCUGGUUCGAUUCGAAGUUUAGUGUUUGGUUGUUCGUUUUUAGAUUUUUAUUUUUUAUUUUUUUUCUUACGGGCUUUUGAUGUAUGUUUUAUUCACUUAAAAAAGAAAAACAUUCAAUAAACAGUUUUUAUUCGCACCCCUCCUUUUUUUAAUUAUAAAUUGAUUCGUUUAUGUGGAUUUUA